CUCUGCUUAUGUAAAUCUCCCCUUCUCUCCCUCUCCUCUCUCUCUCUCUUUCUCUCGUCUCCAUUUCUGCUCUUGUAGCUGCUUCUUCUUUAGAUUGUUCUUCCUCAUACAUAAUUCGAAGCCCAUUCUCCUCUUUCAAUUUUUAUUUUUUUAUUUAUAUAUUAAUAAAAAACAACAUCACCCAUUCCUCUUUAUUUAUAUAAAGAAAGAAAGAAAGAAAGAAAGAAAAACAAAAGAAGAGGAAAUGGCUUCAGGAGAGUACUCUGGUUUGGUUAUAACCCAUCUCUUCUACAAGUUCUCCCUUCUACUCGCUCUUUUCCGAUGGAUCUUCUCUUGGGCUUUCAGACUUAUGGGUCUAGACCCCUCUGAUUCUUCCAUCGACGCCUAUCAUCAGCCAAUCGUCGCACCUUCAUCUUCAUCAUCCCAAACCUCUGUUUCAGCUCAAGCGAUCCGGGACAGCCUCCACGUUGCCACCUACGGUGAAGUUUCUGACCGGCAACCUAAUGGAGACGCCACGUGUGCAGUCUGCCUAAACAAGCUGAGAUGCCAUGACAAGGUCUGGGAGCUCAGAAGCUGUUGCCACGUGUUCCACAAGAGAUGUCUGGAUAGAUGGCUAGACCAUGACGAACACAAGACAUGCCCUUUAUGCAGAGCCCCUCUAUUGGGACCGUCACUGCCCCUGGAAAGUACGGAGACCAGCUGGGCCGUUGAACGGCUUCUCUAUCACUUUGGAGACGAUCUUCUCUUCCCUUCUUCCUGACCCUUUCCUUCCCUUCUCCUAUUGUUUGUUUCAUCGGCAUACGGUGGAGGUGUAUAUACGAUCGAAAGGAAAUACUUUUGGUAUUGUUGUAUUAUUGGUUUUUAAUGAGGAGUUGGAGUAUGUAUACGGUGAUGGUUAGCCGCGGCAAGGAUGGUAUCUAUACGAUUUACGUUUCAAUACAAAGAGUAUUUUGUAUUGCC